CACCUUCAGUGCAACGUCAAAAUUCAGGUUUCAUUUCGUUGGUGAAGUGGACGGUGUGUACGCACCUCGAUGUGAUUUAUUCCCUUUGAAGACAAAGUGCGAAUAUCUAAGUAACUAUAAACUAUCACUUGACGUCGCCAUCACGCAUCACAUAAAAAUACAAAAUAAUAAACAUCGAGAGUAACGAAACAGCAGUGCAAAUCGCUUUGAUAACGUUUUUGGUGACGUUUACCACCUCUGUUCACAAGAGCGCCGGCUGCCAGACAUGCAUCAGCGUUGAUAUUCAGUGCAACAUACAAACAAAGCCCAAAUAAAGCAAAAUGAAGCAUAUAAUUAUCGCCGCAUGCAUACUCCUGGUGGAUUUCAGCGCUGGUUUCUACCUGCCGGGCAUGGCACCCGUAAAUUAUUGCAAUAAAAACGAUCUGGAUAAAAACUGUAAGUCGGAUAUUUUGAUGUACGUCAACCGAUUGAACACAGAAGAAUCCGUCAUCCCUUAUGAGUACAACUACUUUGACUUCUGUCCUCCACCGGAUAGUGCCGAGUCACCGGUGGAGAAUCUCGGCCAGGUGGUGUUCGGCGAACGCAUCCGGCCGUCAGCAUACAAAUUAACAUUCAUGAAGAACGCAACAUGUGAGAAGUUGUGCACAAAGCGCUACAAUGCUCAAUCUGAGAGUCGAUUAAGUACGCUGAGGAAAGGUAUUAGUCUCAACUACCAACACCAUUGGAUUGUUGACAACAUGCCCGUGACGAGCUGUUACAUCACCGAAGAUGAGCGCACUUUUUGCACGACGGGUUUCCCAAUGGGAUGCUUUUGGAGACAGGGACGCAACACGUGCAAUAUGAAUAUCAACACGGAUAAAGAUAGUCUUUUCCUGUAUAAUCACGUGGAUCUUACAAUUACUUAUCAUUCAGGAGCCGCAGAGGAAUGGGGAACGAAGUUUGGCGGUAAUGGCGGCCGAAUUAUAUCUGUCAAGGUUGUUCCAAGGUCAAUCAAACACGACGAUGGUUUAGAUUGUAACAUCCGGACGCCCCUGGAAAUCCCUAAGAAUCUCCAGGGUGAUUUCGAGAUUACCUACUCGUAUUCCGUCACUUUCGUGCCGAAUAACACGAUAAAAUGGUCAUCGCGCUGGGAUUACAUCCUGGAAUCCAUGCCGCAUACAAAUAUCCAAUGGUUUAGUAUUUUAAAUUCAUUGGUGAUUGUCCUGUUUUUGUCCGGUAUGGUCGCCAUGAUUUUAUUGCGCACUUUGCAUAAAGAUAUCGCGCGAUACAAUCAAAUUGACAGCGGGGAGGACGCACAAGAAGAAUUCGGUUGGAAGCUGGUUCAUGGUGAUGUCUUCCGACCACCACGCAAAGGAAUGUUGUUAUCUGUUUUGCUAGGAUCAGGCGUGCAGGUUCUCUGUAUGACUUUGGUAACUUUGGCGUUUGCAUGUUUGGGUUUCUUGAGUCCUGCAAAUCGCGGCGCUCUGAUGACUUGUGCGAUGGUCCUGUAUGUUUUGAUGGGUACACCGGCUGGUUACACCUCGGCAAUCAUCUAUAAAAGCUUCGGUGGUGAGAAAUGGAAGUCGAAUGUCCUUCUUACUUCAAUGCUAUGUCCUGGAUUUGUUUUUGGAUUGUUCUUCAUAAUGAACCUGGUACUCUGGAGCCAGGGUAGUUCCGCCGCAGUGCCUUUCACCACCCUUCUCGCCCUUCUAGCCCUUUGGUUCUUGGUUUCCGUUCCGCUGACAUUUGUCGGCGCGUAUUUCGGUUUCCGCAAGCGCGCGCUCGAACACCCUGUACGCACCAAUCAAAUCCCACGCUUGAUUCCCGAGCAGUCUAUCUAUACCAAACCCGUGCCGGGAAUUAUCAUGGGCGGUGUGCUCCCUUUUGGUUGUAUCUUCAUUCAACUCUUCUUCAUCCUUAACUCGAUCUGGUCCUCACAGAUGUACUAUAUGUUCGGUUUUCUUUUCCUUGUUUUUAUCAUUUUGGUGAUCACAUGCGCGGAGACCACAGUCCUGCUGUGUUAUUUCCAUCUGUGCGCUGAGGAUUACCACUGGUGGUGGCGAUCUUAUCUAACUUCUGGCUUCACGGCGAUGUACUUGUUCCUCUACUGCUGUCAUUAUUUCUAUUCCAAGCUGCAGAUCGAGGGCUAUCCUUCCAGUUUCCUCUAUUUCGGCUACACGCUCAUCAUGGUGUUCCUCUUCAAUCUGCUGACGGGCACCAUUGGCUUCUUCGCGUGCUUCUGGUUCAUUAGGAAAAUCUACAGCGUCGUCAAGGUCGACUAAGGAUGCAUCCAACACACAUAUGCGGUCGUUUAUUUAAUUGUGAUCAUUUAUUUAGGUAUUAUUUUAUGUAUAAACAGUGUAUUUUCCGGUACUCACACAGCAUUCGGCUUAAGAUAUCAUAUUGUACAUAGGACCAGCGGAGGUAAGUUUAAUACUACACAAGACAUCUUUGCCAAAAAUUGAACAUCGUCGGCAAUAAAUUGAUUCGUUAUUUCACGGUGUGUCUUGCGUACUUUUCAAAGCAAUGGCGUCAGUAUAUUCACAACAUGUAUAACUAUUUUAGGAAUUUAAAAGAAGGCUACCCUUUUUUUUAAACUUUGGAUUUAAUCUUUCGGUUGUCUUUGUUUUGAUUUUUGUGGAAUUGUAUAUUGGAAAACUAAAAUGAUAUGAUUUCAUUUGCACAUACUUUACGAAGACUAAUAUGAUAAUAAAUAUAUAUUUAAAAAUUGUA